AGUAAUGUUCGCGUUAGUUUUUCAUAUUUUGUUCGUCCUGCCGAUCAUGGCGAGGAGUAUUUUGGAUUCCAUUAAUUUUAAGCAAUCCGAUUUGUUGCGGAAUAUGAAAAAACUCAAUUUAAAUGAAAGCUAUUUCGGUAACCUAGAGAACUACCAAGUGAACGCGGAGACGGUGUCAGAGAAACAGUAUCCUUGGAUAGCCCGCGUGGUUCACUCGAAGAAGGCGCUAAUACCACACGUUUGUACCGCGGUCUGCGUUGAUGAGGCCAUAUUUAUUACAGCUGCUAGGUGCAUUUACACCUUAAAAGUAAACUACACCCGAGUAAUAUACAUGUCAAAGAAGCUUAACGUGGUAGCGUUCGUGCUGCCCUCGGAGCCGACAAAACAGUUAUUUGAUGAUAUUGGGUUCUUGGUGACUGACACUCGCAGCUUCAAGGGAAUGUGGGCGAUUAUAGAACUUUUUGAUACCGUAAACAGGACUGAUGAUGCAUUCAGAUGGUUCAGCGACCUGGAUUUUUCGUAUGGAAGUAUGAAUUUUAAGGUCGUAGGUUAUGCUAUGAAGAAGGGUAUCCACAAAAUAAAGGCUCCAGAAAUACAAUACAACUUAACAGAAUUAAGCGUCGUCGUUGGUAUCGAUCUGUGUCCAAGCAUCCUCACUUACUACGGCAAGAUAAAAGGGUUUAACGUGCCCUGUUACCAUUCCUGUACGGUUCAACAGUUUCAGAAGAGUGUCGACAAAUGUUUUAACUACCACGGCGUGGAAGGCGGCGCGUUGUACGACACUUUGAAUAAGAAGUUGAUGGGCGUGGCAACGUGGGGAGCGUACUUUCAGAAGUGGGAGCUACCAGUCGGCUUCGCGGUCGCCAAUUCCAUUAACUUCUUCAAGGAUUUGAAGUGUGCGAGGCGGAUACGAGACGAUAACGGUAUCCGCGUAACCAAGGGCUAUUAUCAAAAUCUGUGCGAUGACAAUGCUUAAUUCAGUUACAUUUUUUAUAACACAGAUUAAAUGUAAUCUAUUUUUCUGAUAUAAAUUAUA